AUGAAUUCGGUUUCAGUAUUAUCAACUUCGUCCUUACGAACAGCCACACGACCACAUACUUACAUUCAUCUGGUGGCGCGAAGUUAUUCAGGGUUGACGGUCACCAAACGCGGCAGCUCCCAUGAUAUACGCGGACAAACUUCUUCAUUCACCUACACUCCCAGGCGCUCCAUUUCCUCAACUCCACAGAACUCUAGCAUCAUCAACGACCUUCGAAAGCAAACCAAUUUUACGACGAACCAGAUCAAAGAGUUUUUUCCACCACCGCAAAACCGAGGGGUCAAGGAAGUGGAAUCAGCAUGGGCACAUCCUGUAUAUUCUGAAUCCGAAAUGAAAAAUGUCGCAAUUGCACACCGAAACGCCGCAAAUUGGUCCGACUGGGUUGCUCUGGGCACUGUCCGCGUCUUUCGAUGGGGCAUGGACCUUGUAACAGGGUACAAGCACCCAGAACCCGGCGAGGAACUGGCUCCCAGAUUCAAGAUGACGGAGACAAAAUGGAUGCAUCGGUUCAUCUUCUUAGAGACUGUCGCUGGCGUUCCCGGGAUGGUUGGGGGCAUGCUCCGUCACCUGCGCAGUCUUCGACGCAUGAAGAGAGAUAAUGGAUGGAUCGAAACCCUUCUAGAAGAAGCCUUCAACGAACGCAUGCACCUCUUGACAUUCCUUAAACUUGCCGAGCCCGGAUGGUUCAUGCGGCUGAUGGUUCUCGGCGCACAAGGCGUCUUUUUCAAUGGAUUCUUCAUAGCUUACCUCCUAUCCCCUCGCAUAUGCCACCGGUUCGUUGGAUAUUUGGAGGAAGAGGCGGUCAUCACAUACACUCGUGCCAUCGAAGAACUUGAAACGGGCAAACUGCCGGAGUGGGAGACUCUUGAAGCGCCCCAAAUCGCGGUGCAGUACUGGAAGAUGCCGGAGGGUCAGCGCACCAUGAAGGAUUUACUGAUGUAUAUUCGAGCCGACGAGGCCAAGCACCGCGAGGUCAACCAUACACUUGGCAAUUUGCAACAGGCGAUCGAUCCCAAUCCCUACCAGACUCGGUACCGUGAUCCGAGCCGGGAGCAUCCGAGCAAGGGACUUUCAAAUUUGAAGGGUACAGGCUGGGAGCGGGAAGACAUUUUCUGA